AUGCCCCAUCUUGGUCCAAUAGACGCAUUCGAAGACCAUAUUGAGGUCGCUUCAACGCAACGCAACGCAACGCAGCGCAACACUACUGGUGCCCGUGACUGGGAGACUUUUAGCAGAGUCAUCCACGGAUCCCUUCCUUCAUGGUGUUCCAAGGACGCGGGCAGGAGUGCUAUGGAACUUGGCGUAUCCGCAUCCUCUAUUAAGAAAAAGGCAAUUGCGCAUGUUGAUCAACCGUCAAUUGAUCGACUGAUUUGA